AUGUCAAAUCCCCGUGGUAAAUUGAUAUUAAUUGAGGGAUUAGACCGUACUGGCAAAAGUACACAAUGUGAAAUAUUACGUCAACGACUAGGAGAAUCAACCACUUUAAUGAAGUUUCCCGAUCGUACAACAGCAAUUGGCCAACAGAUAAAUAAUUAUCUUAUAGAUUCCUCAUAUAAUUUACCAGAUCAAGCUGCUCAUUUAUUGUUUAGUGCAAAUCGAUGGGAACGUAAUGAUUAUAUUAGAAACAAAUUAUUAGAUGGUGAAAAUAUUGUAAUGGAUAGAUAUGUUUAUUCUGGUGUAGCUUAUAGUGCAGCUAAAGAAAUUACUGGAAUGGAUCUUGAAUGGUGUUAUUCUUGUGAUCGUGGCCUCGUGCGACCAGAUUUGACAUUAUUCCUUGUCAAUAAUGAAAGUAAUGAUAACCGUGAAGGUUUCGGUGAAGAAAGAUACGAAAACAAUUCUUUCCAAGAAAAAGUUCGUCAACAAUUCUACAAGCUGUUCGAGAAACAAGCUUCUCUAAACGAGGAUAACAAUGAUGUAGUCAUUGUUAAUGUUACAGGUUGUACAAUCGAACAAGUCUCUGAAAAGAUAUGGACGAUUGUUCAGAAUAACAAAGAGAUUUCAUCAUCUACAUUCAAGUUAUUCGAAUAA